AAUUUUAAGAUUGCCUAAAUGCUAAUUAAAGGAACAUUUUCUGAUCUCAGUACCUUCAGUUUCUUCAUCGGUUACAGUGGGAAAUCCUCGUUGACGAUUCAGUUUGUUGAAGGCCAAUUCGUUGACUCCUAUGACCCAACCAUAGAGAACACUUUCACAAAAUUGAUCACAGUAAAUGGACAAGAAUAUCAUCUUCAACUUGUAGAUACAGCUGGGCAAGAUGAAUAUUCCAUCUUUCCCCAGACGUACUCCAUAGAUAUUAAUGGUUAUAUUCUCGUGUAUUCUGUGACAUCUAUCAAAAGUUUUGAAGUGAUUAAAGUUAUCCAUGGCAAGUUGUUGGACAUGGUGGGGAAAGUGCAAAUACCUAUUAUGUUGGUUGGGAAUAAGAAAGACCUACAUAUGGAAAGGGUGAUCAGUUAUGAAGAAGGGAAGGCGUUAGCAGAAUCUUGGAAUGCAGCUUUUUUGGAAUCUUCUGCUAAAGAGAAUCAAACUGCUGUUGAUGUUUUCAGAAGGAUAAUUUUGGAGGCAGAAAAAAUUGAUGGGGCCGCUUCACAAGGAAAGUCUUCCUGCUCGGUGAUGUAAUUCUGCUGUGGGCCCGAGGCCACUGGGACCCGUCCUGCCCGGAGACGCAAACUGCCCGUCAUCCUCGAAGAUAAACUCUGCUUCGUUUUCCUUCUGUUAACCUGAAAGAUUUAUUUGGGUCAGAGCUUUUUCCCACCUGCCCCCCUUUCAGAUUAUGUUGAACUCUGACUAUCCUUCUGAGUUCACUUCCACUUUCGAAUUUUAAGCAAUCAUAUUUUCAAUUUAUAUAUUGUAUUUCUUAAUAAUAUUAUGACCAAGAAUUUUAUCGGCAUUAAUUUUUAAGUGUAGUUUGAUGUUUAAAAUAAUGUAAUCAUCAAAGAUGCAUAUUGUUACACUACUAUUAACUAGGCUUCCAUAUAUCAGUGUUUAUUUCAUUGUGUUAAAUGUAUACUUGUAAAUAAAAUAGCUGCAAACC